GAAGACUUAUAUAUUGUCAAUAUACGGGUCUGACGAACAUCACCCACUCCCUCAGCUGCCAAAGAGCCCCUUUGAAGAUCUAGAAGCGUCGCCAAACAUGAUCGUCAAACUUCUCUUCAUUGCCAUUUUUACGUUUGUCUCUACCCUGUCCCCUCCUGUGCUUGCUUUACCUAGCGAGCCCGAGUCGGGUAAUGGUAUGCCACCUAGCGUGGGCCUCCUCCCACUCAUCAAAUACCUGCAGAGACUUGGCAUAGCAGGUGUCAAGCUCGACAGAACUCUUCAGACAUCGAAAUUUGACCCCGACAGCCUCCAGAACAUCGGAAGACUGUCAGAUGAUAUAGAGGAUCUGGUGACUCAAGCAACAGGCGAAGCCGCAACGCUAGAGGUUCUUGACCCUAUCCGCAGCUCCCAACUGACCAAGAAUGCGCUGCUCAUGAAACCUGUUUUUGGGCACUUGCUAAACGUCAUUGCCAUGGAAGUAAGUUUGCAAUUGUCACCGAUUUGGUCGUGUCAGGAAGGGUGACGGCACUGCUGACAUAUAAACAACAGAAAGACGAAUUAUGCGAGGCGGAGUACUGUGAGGAGAUGCACGAUUUCUUGACCUGGAUGCGAGUGCAGUGUCACGGUCUCGCCGAAUCAUUGCGGGAAAUCACCCAAUUUGGGGAUGGGAAGCUCAUUGAGAUCUGUGCGGGUGCGAUCGAUAAGCAGUAUGCAAACACCAUCGUCCAGUACG